AUGUCGGUGGCGGAUUUGUACCACAUCCGCCGAGCGAUUCGGCGCGACGCCGGGGUCGGGUACGUGCCUGCAUCGCUCUCGCGGCAGGGCCGAGCCCGACUCUGUGGCCUCUGCUUCACGUCCGAGGCGUCCUAUACGUGUCCUCGAUGCCAUGUCCCGUACUGCUCGCUACCGUGUUAUCGAUCCCAUGCCUGUAGUGCUGCCUUGGCCGAGCGUACCGCGCGCUCUCUCUCUCAAGAAGAUGUGCGUGUGGAUGAGGCCGAGCGUGCCAAGACCCUCGAGCUACUGUGGCGACUCGAGACGGGCGAGGGCGUCGCCGAGGAUGAUGAGCCGUCCGACGACGAUGAUACCCCCGAGCAUCUUUUGCGAAAGCUAACGGUAGCUGAGCGUGAUCAGUUCGCCCAGCUCCUGCAGAAUCCAGAAAAGGCGGCCAAGAUGUACUUUCACGACGGAGCGCAGGUCUUGUGGUGGCAGGCGGAUACGGUCGUAGCGCCUGUCAGCCUACCAUGGAACGAAGGCUGUGCCCGCACCCCGAUCGACUUGCGCUUCCACGUACUCUAUGUGUGCCUCGCGUAUACCUAUGUUCUGCGGCACUUUGGCAUAUCGAGUCUGGCGUGCGUGGGCGACGAAUAUCAGGCAUGCCGGCAAAUGCUGAUGGACUUGGUGCCAUUUUUCGCUCCCAAGCAUAGUCGCAUGACACUGCACUCAGCGCAAGAGGCGAGUCUCUAUUUUCUGCAGAUGGUGGGUCUGACGAGGCAGGAGCCCUUGCCCCUGCUGCUAUCGCUCCUGCGCUCGGUGGCGGAUCUUGUCCAGCCCCGCGCGGUCCACGAGGUCGAUCAAGCACCGUUCGCCUACACGCUAUGGGCGCUCGCUGAUAUGCAUGCGCUGUUGCGAAACCAGGUCUUGCCGGCGAAAAAGCUGGCCUUUUACGCGGCGUGUGUGCACCCAGGCGGGGCAGCCGACGUCGCCUCUCUGCAUGCACGCAUCGAAGCUUAUAUCGCGCGUCUCGAACGCGAGCAGGACGAGCGAGUGCAUGCUGAGCACGUCGCGAAUGCGCAUGCGUAUGUCGAGCGCAUGGAUCCCCGAGCGCAGCCCAAGCCACGCAGGGAGGGGCUAAGCGAAACGCACGUUGGCCGCGCCACCCGUGCGUUGGAUCCGCAAGAGCUUCUUGGCCACAAGGCCAUAGACGGCGCGCGUCGCUAA